AUGACAACAGAGAUGAACAGGACGGACUCUGAUUGGCUGCUGGACGGCUGGGAUGCAAUCACGGACGCACACUGUGUCAGCUACAAAUACGCCACCUUCAUUAAGACCACAGUGCACGUGAAGAUGUACAGACGUCGGGACUAUGUGGAGCUCUAUGAGAAGGAUCAGGCCAAAUGGGCGCUGCUACGCAACGUCAACACUGUGGUGAAGCAGACCACUCUGCUGCCGGGCGACUACGUCUGGUUGGACCUGAAGACGGGUCGGGAGUUUGUGGUGCCGAUCGGCGCUGUGGUCAAGCUCUGUGACUCGGGGCAGAUCCAGGUGGUGGACGAUGAAGGAAAUGAGCACUGGAUCUCCCCCCAGAAUGCCACCAACAUCAAGCCCAUGCACCCCACCUCCAUCCACGGGGUGGAGGACAUGAUCCGCCUGGGCGACCUCAACGAAGCCGGCAUCCUGCGCAACCUGCUCAUCAGAUACAGGGAGAAACUCAUUUAUACGUACACCGGCUCCAUUCUGGUGGCCGUCAACCCCUACCAGCUGCUGCCCAUCUACACGGCCGACCAGAUCCGCCUCUACACCAACAAGAAGAUCGGAGAAAUGCCCCCCCACAUCUUCGCCAUCGCAGACAACUGCUACUUCAACAUGCAGAGGAACAACCGCGACCAGUGCUGCAUCAUCAGUGGUGAGUCCGGAGCAGGGAAGACAGAAAGUACAAAGCUGAUCCUUCAGUUCCUGGCAGCCAUCAGCGGUCAGCACUCCUGGAUCGAGCAGCAGGUCCUUGAGGCCAACCCCAUACUAGAGGCCUUCGGCAACGCCAAAACCAUCCGCAACGACAACUCGUCCCGUUUUGGGAAAUACAUCGACAUCCACUUCAACAAGAGAGGAGCCAUCGAGGGGGCCAAGAUCGAACAGUACCUGCUGGAGAAAUCCCGAGUCUGUCGACAGGCUCGAGAUGAGAGGAACUACCACAUCUUCUACUGCAUGCUGAAGGGAAUGACUCCUGAGCAGAAGAAGAAGCUUGGCCUGAGCAAAGCCACUGACUACACCUACCUGACUAUAGGUAACUGCAGUGUGUGUGACGGUCGAGACGACAUGAAAGAAUAUUCUAACAUCCGCUCGGCGAUGAAGGUGCUGAUGUUCACAGACACCGAGAACUGGGAGAUUUCUAAACUGCUCGCUGCUAUUUUACACAUGGGAAACCUCAGAUAUGAAGCUCGGACCUACGACAACCUGGAUGCCUGUGAGGUUGUGCGCAGCCCUCACCUCAUUACUGCUGCAGCACUGCUGGAGGUGGAUGGUAAGGAUCUGAUGAACUGUCUGACCAGCCGAACCCUGAUCACUAGAGGAGAGACCGUGUCCACUCCCCUGAGCAUGGAGCAAGCUCUGGACGUACGGGACGCAUUUGUUAAGGGGAUUUACGGGCGUCUGUUUGUGUGGAUCGUGGAGAAGAUCAACGCUGCCAUCUACAAGCCUCCAUCCACUGAGCCCAAAGCUGUCAGACGCUCCAUCGGACUGCUGGACAUCUUCGGCUUUGAGAACUUCACUGUCAACAGUUUCGAGCAGCUGUGCAUCAACUUUGCCAACGAGAACCUGCAGCAGUUCUUCGUGCGUCACGUCUUCAAGCUGGAGCAGGAGGAGUACAACCUGGAAAACAUCAACUGGCAGCACAUCGAGUUUACCGACAACCAGGACGCCCUGGACAUGAUCGCCAUCAAACCCAUGAACAUCAUCUCCCUCAUCGACGAGGAGAGCAAGUUCCCCAAGGGCACAGACACCACCAUGCUGAACAAGCUGAACUCGCAGCACAAACUCAACACAAACUACAUCCCUCCAAAGAACAGCUACGAGACGCAGUUCGGCAUCCAGCACUUUGCUGGGGUGGUUUACUACGAAACCCGAGGCUUCCUGGAGAAGAACAGAGACACCCUGUAUGGUGACAUCAUCCAGCUGGUCCACUCCUCCAAGAACAAGUUCAUCAAGCAGAUCUUCCAGGCAGACGUCGCCAUGGGGGCGGAGACCAGGAAGCGCUCUCCCACCCUGAGCAGUCAGUUUAAACGCUCUCUGGAGCUGUUGAUGAGAACGCUGAGCGUCUGUCAGCCUUUCUUCGUGCGCUGCAUCAAACCCAACGAGUACAAGAAACCCAUGCUGUUUGACAGGGAGCUGUGUGUGCGCCAGCUCAGGUACUCCGGCAUGAUGGAGACCAUCCGGAUCCGCCGGGCCGGAUACCCGAUCCGCUACACCUUCGUCGAGUUCGUCGACCGCUACCGAGUCCUCAUGCCGGGCGUCAAACCGGCAUACAAACAGGUCUGACCUGAGGGGACGUGCCAGAGGAUUGCCGAGGCGGUGCUGGGCAGAGACGACGACUGGCAGAUGGGAAAGACCAAGAUCUUCCUCAAGGAUCACCACGACAUGCUGCUGGAGAUCGAGAGAGACAAAGCCAUCACUGACAAGGUCAUCCUCAUCCAGAAGGUGGUGCGAGGUUUCAAGGACAGAUCCAACUUCCUGAAGCUGAGGAAGUCGGCCAUGUUGAUCCAGAAGACGUGGAGGGGAUACCACUGCAGGAAGAACUACGGAGCUAUGAGAGCGGGCUUCUCCCGCCUCCAGGCCCUGGUUCGAUCCAGGAAGUUGUACGUGACUUACCACGUGGCCCGUCAGCGAAUCACGCGCUUCCAGGCUCGCUGCCGCGGCUGCCUGGUCCGCCGAGCCUUCAGACACCGGCUGUGGGCGGUGAUCACCAUCCAGGCCUACACCAGAGGCAUGAUCGCACGCAGGCUGUACAAGAGGCUGAAGGGGGAGUACUGCAGGAGGCUCGAGGCCGAGAAGAUGCGUCUGGCUGAGGAGGCCAAGCUGAGGAACCAGAUGUCGGCGAAGAGAGCGAAGGCCGAGGCUGAGCGCAAACACCAGGAGCGUCUGGCCCAGCUGGCCAAGGAGGACGCCGAGCGGGAGAAGAAGGAGAAGGAGGAGGCUCGCAAGAAGAAGGAGAUGGUGGAGCAGAUGGAGAAGGCUCGCCUGGAGCCGGUGAACGACUCGGACAUGGUGGACAAGAUGUUCGGCUUCCUGGGCACGACCAGCUCCUUCCCAGGCCAGGAGGGACAGGCUCCCGCCGGCUUCGAGGACCUGGAGCGGACUCACCGCGAGCUGGAGGAGGAGGACCUGGACGAGGCGCUGCCGCUGCCCGAGGACGACGAAGAGGAAGAUCUAUCCGAGUACAAGUUUGCCAAGUUUGCCGCCACCUACUUCCAGGGCACCACCACACACACGUACGUCAGACGGCCCCUGAAGCAGCCGCUGCUCUUCCACGACGAUGAGGGGGACCAGCUGGCUGCCCUGGCCGUGUGGAUCACGGUGCUGAGGUUCAUGGGAGAUUUGCCGGAGCCGAAGUACCACACCGCCAUCAGCGACGGCAGCGAGAAGAUCCCCGUCAUGACCAAAAUCUACGAGACGCUGGGCAAGAAGACCUACAAGAGAGAGCUGCAGGCCCUGCAGGGGGAGGGGGAGACGCCUCACUCCGACAGCCACAAGAAGAACAGCGUCCGUCACAAACUGGUGUCCCUCACCCUGAAGAAGAAAUCCAAGAUCACUGAGGAGGUCACCAAGCGCCUUAACGACGGUGAGUACGGUCUCCAUGGCAACAGCAUGCUGGAGGACCGGCCGACAUCCAACCUGGAGAAACUUCACUUCAUCAUCGGCAACGGUAUCCUGAGACCAGCCCUGAGGGAUGAGAUCUACUGUCAGAUCUGCAAGCAGCUGAACCAGAACCCGUCCAAGAGCUCGCACGCCCGCGGCUGGAUCCUCAUCAGUCUGUGUGUCGGCUGCUUCGCCCCGUCCGACAAGUUCGUCAAGUACCUGAGGAACUUCAUCAGCGGCGGGCCACCGGGUUACGCUCCGUACUGCGAGGAGAGACUCAGACGCACUUUCGUCAACGGGACCAGAACUCAGCCUCCAUCCUGGCUGGAGCUCCAGGCCACCAAGUCCAAGAAGCCCGUCAUGCUGCCGGUGACCUUCAUGGACGGCACGACCAAAACGCUGCUCACCGACUCGGCAACCACCGCCAGGGAGCUCUGCAACGCCCUGUCCGACAAAAUCAACCUGCGAGAUCGCUUCGGCUUCUCCCUCUACAUCGCCCUGUUCGACAAGGUCUCCUCUUUAGGCAGUGGGACCGACCACGUGAUGGACGCUGUUUCGCAGUGUGAGCAGUAUGCGAAGGAGCAGGGGGCGCAGGAGAGGAACGCCCCCUGGAGGCUGUUCUUCAGGAAGGAGAUCUUCACGCCGUGGCACUGCCCGACCGACGACUUGGUCGCCACCAACCUCAUCUACCAGCAGAUCGUCCGGGGCGUCAAGUUCGGAGAAUAUCGUUGCGACAGGGAUGACUUGGCCGAGCUCGCCUCCCAGCAGUACUACGUGGACUACGGCUCGGAGAUCCUGCUGGAGCGCCUGCUGAGCCUCAUCCCCUCCUACAUCCCCGACAGAGAGAUCAGCACCGGCAAGACGGUGGAGAAAUGGGCUCAUUUCAUCAUGGCCGCCCACAAAAAGGGCAUCUACACCCAGAAGAGGUUUGACACUCAGAAGGUGAAGGAGGAGGUGGUGGACUUUGCUCGCCACAAAUGGCCGCUGCUCUUCUCUCGCUUCUACGAGGCCUUCAAGUUCUCGGGUCCCAGCCUGCCGAAGAACGACGUGAUCGUGGCGGUCAACUGGACCGGGGUUUACUUUGUGGACGAGCAGGAGCAGGUCCUCUUAGAGCUCUCUUUCCCAGAAAUCACUGCAGUCUCCAGCAGCAGAGGAGGAAAGCUGCAGGGUCAGAGUUUCACCUUGGCGACCAUCAAAGCAGACGAGUACACCUUCACGUCCAACAACGCCGAGGACAUCCGCGACCUGGUGGUGACCUUCCUGGAGGGCCUGAGGCAGAGGUCGAAGUUCGUGGUGGCGCUGCAGGACAACCCCAACCCCACGGGCGAGGAGUCGACGUUCCUGAGCUUCCUGAAGGGAGACCUCAUCCUGCUGGACCAGGACACGGGAGAGCAGGUCCUCAACUCCGGCUGGGCGCACGGCAUCAACGAGCGGACCAAUCAGAAAGGAGAUUUCCCCGCCGACUGCGUCUACGUCCUGCCCUGUGUGACCAGGCCUCAGCCCGACGUGGUGGCGCUGGUUACCAUGACGCCGGACCAGCGUCAGGAGUCGGUCCGUGUUUCCCAGCUCGUCCUGCCAGAGAGCAACGGCAGGAUGACACCGUACACCCUGGAGGAGUUCUCCUACGACUACUUCAGGCCUCCUCCCAAACACACUCUGAGCAGGGUGAUGAUCACCAAGAACCGAGGGAAGGACAAACUGUGGAGCUGCACCCGCGAGCCGCUCAAGCAGCCUCUGCUGAAGAAGGUCAUCAACCACGAGGAGCUGGCACAGGAGGCCUGCAUGUCCUUCAUCGCCAUGAUGAAGUACAUGGGUGACUACCCGUCCAAACGCACGCGGUCGGUCAACGAGCUGACCGACCAGAUCUUUGAGGGAGCGCUGAAGGCGGAGCCUCUGAAAGACGAGAUCUACUGCCAGAUCAUCAAACAGCUCACCGACAACCACGUCAAGUACAGUGAGGAGAAAGGCUGGGAGCUGUUGUGGUUGUGCACUGGUCUGUUUCCCCCCAGCAACGUCCUGCUGCCCCACAUCCAGCGCUUCCUGCAGUCCAAGAAACACCACCCGCUGUCCGGAGACUGCAUGCAGAGGCUGCACAAAGCCCUGCGUAAUGGGUCCAGGAAGUAUCCUCCUCAUCUGGUGGAGGUGGAGGCCAUCCAACACAAGACCACCCAGAUCUUCCACAAAGUCUACUUCCCUGAUGACACGGACGAGGCGUUCGAGGUGGAGUCCAGCACCAAAGCGAAGGACUUCUGUCAGAACAUCUCGACCCGACUGCUGCUCAAAUCCCCCGAAGGCUUCAGCCUCUUUGUCAAGAUCUCAGACAAGGUGAUCAGUGUCCCAGAGGGAGAUUUUUUCUUCGACUUUGUCCGACAUUUGACAGACUGGAUCAAGAAAACUCGGCCUGCUAAAGACGGGAGCGUUCCCUCUCUCACCUAUCAGGUGUUUUUCAUGAAGAAGCUGUGGACCAACACGGUUCCAGGGAAGGACUCCUUCGCCGACUCCAUCUUUCACUACUACCAGGAACUGCCUAAGUACCUGCGUGGCUACCACAAGUGUUCCCGUGAGGAAGUCUUCCAGCUCGGAGCGCUCAUCUACCGAGUCAAGUUUGAGGACGACAAGUCCCACUUUCCUACAAUUCCCAAGAUUCUCCGGGAGCUCGUUCCCCAAGAUCUGAUUCGUCAGAUGUCUCCUGACGACUGGAAAAGGUCUGUGGUGGCGUACUUCAACAAGCAGGCUGGGAAAUCGAGGGAAGAGGCCAAACUGAUGUUCCUGAAGAUCAUCUACAAAUGGCCGACCUUCGGCUCCGCCUUCUUUGAGGUCAAGCAAACCACAGAGCCCAAUUUCCCAGAGAUCCUGCUGAUCGCCAUCAACAAGCAUGGAGUCAGCCUCAUCGACCCCAAGAACAAGGACAUCUUGACCACUCAUCCCUUCACCAAGAUCUCCAACUGGAGCAGCGGCAACACCUACUUCCACAUCACCAUUGGCAACCUGGUCAGAGGAAGCAAGUUACUCUGCGAAACCUCACUAGGCUACAAGAUGGACGACCUGCUGACCUCGUACAUCAGUCAGAUGCUGACCACCAUGAGCAAGCAGCGCUCUGGGCGGGGCCACAGCAAGUGAACGUCUUAUUGGCAGGAGGCCGCUGAGCUCAUCCGGCACCUGCGUCCUAUUGGCCAGCGCUGCAGCUGGGGGCGGACCUUUGCCUCGCAGCUGUGGAGGAUGAGCCGCAGUCCUUCUGCUAGUUCGGAGGGGUCAAAGGUCACCGGGCUGUCUUCAGUUAUUAGCAGCGAUGACCCUGGCGAAGGCCCUAGCAACUAUUACCUCCACAACAACAACAACAACGGUGAUGAUGAUGAUGAUGAGCCGUCCAGUGAGGACGACUACCUCUAAAAGCUCCGCCCAGCCUGAGUCGGACUUCCUGGUUUGCUUCAGGGUCUGUCAGUCGACUGGAUACAUGCUCACAGUCAGCCCUGUCGUCAUGGUGAUCCUUUCUGACUGUUGCAUACAGACUCACACUGAGGGACUCAAACAGUCACACAGUUUAGUGACCCCCAGUGACAGCAGGAGGGAACUGCUUGAAUAUAAAGACUAGUUUGAAGGACUUCAUCACCCAGAAACUGUGUGUCACUCGUCUGUGUGGGGCUGGACGCCAUUUAGGAAACACUUCUGUUUUUCACUCCUGAUCUUCAGUCUGUCACUUCCAAACAGAUUUCCCAGCAGCCACUUUGCCCAAACCCAGGAAACAAGGGGUUAGGGUUAGCCUUACGGCUCAAAUAAGGCACGUUUUGGGCAUUUUGGUUAUUUUUACGUACAAAUCAAACAGAGAGCAGCUUGAUUAGGGUCAGCUUUCUCAGACAGAGCAGUCGCUCUAACAAACCGAACACCAGUCAGCAUGUUGUUCUCCGUCUGUGUGAGAAGAAGCUGCUGCUCUUCCAGGACCUGGAGAAAUGGAUUUCCUCAGCGUGUUAAUAUCGGUGGCCAGUCCAUCUCUUUAGUUCUGUCACUGGUUUGUGAGUUUAGCGACACAUUUAUAAAAAAAAUAAAUAAAAUAAAAUAAAAAAUAUCAUCUCUUCGUGCCGGGGCCCAGGCUGCGUAGCUUUAGUAGCCCCUGAGGGCCUCAGGCUCAUUAAGACAAACUGUCAUAUGAGGGCCCACUAGAAACAGGCCUGCAAGCGGUUUUGGAUCGGGGCCUGUAGGUAAAGGCUUAUAUUAUAGAAUAAUAGUGUGUGUAAGAGCUGUAAACAGCCUUAACAUGUUGCUUUCACUGAUUUUUUAUUGUAAUGUUAAAUGUAUGAUUUAUAUGUUUACACUCCUUCUGCUUAAUAAUGUAGAUUACCAGUUGUUUGUAUUUGUAGCAUUACAAUUUAAAAUGCCUUAA